AAACUGGAAAGAGUGCACAGAGGUUUUUCAGUCGUGAGUUUGGCGCGACACGGCGCAGUCCACGCGUCGAUUGUCGAGUUAUAAAGCAAUCGCGUGGCCCCCUCGUUACUUCUCAUCCGUUUUGCUUUCAAAAGAGAGAACCCUAGGAGAGGGAUUAAAAUACGGAGAGCUUCUCAACUCGAGCAGUUGCCACUAGUUGACCAAUACGUACGGAGGUGCUCCCUUUUUCGAGGGUUGUGAUGAAUUGUUUUGUCAGCUUUUGUGGAUUUUAAGGGUGACAUCCAGGAGAAUGGAAUGGAGGGAUAAGGUGAAUAGUGAUAAUUUAAAAACCUAAUCCAGAAGAAUCAGAGGGAAAAAUGAAGCUGUCCUACACAUCAAAUCGCUUUCCUCCGACGCAGCACACACGUUAUCGAAGCAGCUGGGGCCCAUCCUCAGUAUCAGCAUUUUCACGUGCUGAUAUACCGCGGCCCUCACCUGAGGAAGAAGAAUUUCAGUUCUAUCAUGAACGCCUCCAUUCCGCCCAAAGCCGUCAGCUCAUUCCGCUCCAGGAGGAUUUGGCCGAUUGGAUCAACAAGACGAUAAAUGUAGAUCACAUAAAUGGUGAGAAUUUCUUCGAUGUCUUGGAUAAUGGCGUAAUAGUCUGUCGUCUGGCUCGUGUCAUCCAGGAAAAAGCACGAGGUGCUAUCGAUGCAGGUCGUGCCAAGGGGCCGGUCCCCGUAAUACGUGGAAGAUGCUGGGAGAAUGCGGCCAGACGCAGCUUCUUCUCCAGAGAUAAUAUGGAGAAUUUUAUACAAUUCUGCAGACGCCUUGGGGUACACGAAAAUUUGCUGUUCGAGAGCGACGAUCUUGUGCUCCAUGGACAGCCACGUAAUGUGGUGCUGUGUCUACUGGAAGUCGCCCGAUUAGCCUCAAAGUAUUCCUUGGAACCACCUGGACUCGUUCAGCUUGAACGGGAAAUCGCAGCUGAACAGGAAAGGGAUCUACACUGCAUGUCUGACAGUGGUAUAUCUCACAGCAGUCUUGUAUCAUGGCAAUUUCAACCUCCCUCGCCCACGCCAUCCCCAAGACCUUCAAAAGAGAUUAUGAAGCAUAGCAGUUCGGCAUCAGAAGUAACUGCAUCAAGAUGGCUCGACGCUUCUCCGACCACGCCUAUCGAGACAGAUAUGCGUAGAUCUGUAAGUGACAAUGGACCCACAGGAAGCGAUGGUGUACCCAGUGACACGACAGAGGAUGACUGGUCACGUGGAAGUGCUGAGGAUCCCGAUGAGGUAUCACCUGUAAGUUCACCAUCACCCGCCGAACCCCCAGAGCACGUUGGACCAGUUACCGAACUCGAUCGAAAGGUGCGACGUGUAGCCGAACAAGUUCAGAGACUUUGCCAAUGUUCGCAUGAGAAAUGCUCGAGAUUGAAAGUGCGAAAAGUUGGAGAAGGACGCUAUCACAUUGCAGGUCGCAAUGUCUUUAUUAGGCUGCUGAAGGGACGACACAUGAUGGUGAGAGUUGGUGGUGGCUGGGACACCCUGGAGCACUUCUUGUCGAGGCACGAUCCAUGUCAGGUGAGGGUCCUCAGUCGUGAGAGUACACCACCACCACAAAAUGGCAUCAAACACCCAAGCUUCCUGCACAUACGCGCCAAGUACAGGAGUCCACCAUCCGAGCCAGUAUCUGGCCGUUGAACUAAUCACUCAAGUCAUCCCAUCCACGUAAUAAUCAAUGCACAGUGCCUCAGGGUGGGAAAUUAACGUUAAUAAACAGCAAUAAUAAUCAAGGUUCAAAUUCACAGCGUUCACUAAAACUUAUAUUUCCAGUUUAGAAACACGUAUUUGUGAACGAUCUAUCUCAUUGGUAUUAAUGUUACACUAGACUGUAAACUAUUUUUUCAUAGCUACAGGUUGAUCAUGGUCCAUUCAGCACUAUAUCUCUGUUGAAUGCGAGAAUUUAGAAUACAACGUCUAACGUUUUUACGAGACAGAUAUUUUGGAAAAAAUUCAUUACUUAUCAAUGCUCACGUGUCUUAUAUGACGUUUAAGAUUCAAUCAAGUAUUCUUAGCAUUCUUCACGGAAUUACCGAAUUUAAUGCACUUUAUUGAAGGUAUUUAUGCGAGGGUCAAGGAGUUUUAUCAUUAAGUAUGAUAAUUAUCAAAAUUUUGUUCUGACGUUGAGAAAUUCAUGAAGAAUAAUAGGAUUUGGAGUGAUAGAAUAUGACCCGUAAAAUUCAAUUGACUGAUUUGUAAAUUUCUUUCAGGUGAUUAUUCUUGACAAGAUGUCUCUGAAAUAAGUGAUAAAUAAUUUGUCAACGCAUGUUAUCAUUUCUCUAUUAUUCUGACAGAAAAUUGUUUGUAAUUUUGGAAAUUGACAUUAAAUGUUCGACUUGGCCCUCGUUAUAGCAUAGAAAGACAAUUGGGUUUGUCUAAAGCAGUUGAAAACGAUAGCAGCCACAAGGUCAUGGUAAUUAAUAAUUGCACUUUAGAAUCAUCACUCUGUUACCAUAUAUUUAAGCGAUAUGGUAUGAAGAGGGGAUGGUUAUUGUCAAUUUCUCUGUAAACUCAAUCACGAUAAAAUCUUUUGCACUUAUCAGCACGCAAGUAAAGUUUAGUGGAGUUAAUCACACUAUUGCCUCAAACCACAAAACAAAUAUUGGCUCAGUAUUGGAAUACUUAAUAAUACCUUUUGUAUUUUUAUAUACACGAUUAGAAUAGUGAAUUGUAAUUCGAUGGAAAUCAGGAGUUUGGGAAAAUUUAGUGGAAAUAGUUGUAUAAUCAUUGAAUUUUUCAGAAAUGCAAGGGAACGUUUUGUAAGGGCAUACCAAAGCAAAGGAGUACGAAACGAGUUGUGUCAGCACGUUGAGGCUUAUUUACCAUUUAAUAUUACAAUUUUCUCCGAAAAAUUGAAUUAUCUGGUGAAUUGACGGAAUUUAUCACGUCAAAUACGAUUUUUUGACGGUGAUUAUUUCGGAUAAUGAUUUUCUCAGCAGAAUUCUCGAUUAAAAUUUCCUCUGGAUUUUUUUCCAGAGCCAUUUAUUGUUCGAAUGAUUGACAAAAAUUUCUUGUUUAAUUUCUCCAUCUUUUUCUAUUUUUAAUUAUUACAUGCGUCAUUGGCUGCAUCUGAAAUCAUUGUGGAACUGUAGUAGAAACCGAUCCAAUUGAUAAUUUUAUUAUUUUUUUUCCAUCGAUUCCAGGACAUUUUUAUGAGAAAUCCAUCGUAAAUUCAGUAAUGAAGAAAAGUUUCACAAUCAAAUUUUGUAACUGAAAAUAAUUUAAUACAGUAAGCCUUUAGUGUUUGCUUUGAGAAUUCCUCAGUCAGACUUCGCACCUUCACUACUGAAUCUAAUAUAAUUCUAUUCUUUUUUUUUUUUUUUUUUUAGUAAAGACUGUUUUUUUUUCGUCCUGAGAAUCGGAAGUUUCGCCAUAACAUAAUCUAAGUACGUUAAUUUGUACCAUUUGAGUUGAUAGAAAUGAAAAUUUUCUAAGUGAGAGGUACCUGUUUGUCUGGAACAUGGGGAUAAUCGGUUGUACCGAGAUGAAGAAAUUUUUUUUUUGUAUUAAUUAUAACGCUCCGUAGAUUAUAAUAAUUCUAGGGGAACUUGUUGGCAGUAUUUGAGUUAGUCACAAUAGAAGAUGAGAAAAAUGCGUUUUUUUGUGAUUAAAACAUAAUGGCAUUGCAAGUUUCGUAACUUGUAAAUAACGGAAUUAGUUUUUCUUUCACUGAAUAUUUACGAUUUAACUUAACAGUUGGAUUAAGUUUAACUUUAAUUGUUAUCUUUUGUUGAGUAAUAAAAUGUUUAAUUGCAA